AUGGCAAAAAUUAAGAGGCAAGGAGGUAGAUUUAAAGAAUUGACGUUUGAAGAUGUAGGUUUAGCACCAGUACCAAUGUUUGAUGUGAAUAAUUCCGAUUAUUCAGAAAAAAAAAGUGGAAAAAGUAAUGCAAGUAGUGGGAAAAAAAAGCAGUCGUCAGGAAGAUACUAUGAAUUGAAGAAUAUGUCUAAAGAAUCUUUAGCAUCAACUAAGGCUAAACAUGAGCUUAAAAAAACUGAGGAGAAGAAAAAAAAGGAAAAGAGAACUGAAGAAAAUAUAAAAUCUAAAAGUGAGAAAUUUGAUAAUAUUAUAGCUAGUAGAAAUAAACAGAAAAAUAUUAUUAAAGGUACUCAAGGUGAAUUGAAAAUUAGCUCAAGUAAAAUAAAGAAUAGUGAAAUGACUGCAAAAAGUGGGCAAGAAGAUUUAGAUUCUCAAGAUAAUUUUGAAUCAGUUAAAAUCUCAAAUAAUGGGAGUGAUGAAUAUCAAAGUCUUGAAGAAAUUACUAUAUAUUCUAAUGGAUCCUCGUAUACAAUUCAAAGUUGUGAAGAAAUUAAUUUCUAUGAUACUAAUUCAAAAUCAACCCAAUCUAAUAAUCAAACAGAAACUACUCAAGUAAAUUUAGGUAUAGUAAAUUUAUCUCAAGAGAUAUUGAGUAAUGAAUAUAUACAAGAUGAAUAUGAAAAUAAUGGUCCAAGUCAAAUAUGGAAUAAUUUGCAAAAUACUACUGAUUAUACAACUGAAAUUGAGAUUAUUAAUGAAAUAAAAGAUUUAGAUUAUUAUAUAGAUACUCAAAAAUAUCCAUAUUCUGAUAACUUAACUAUGGAGAGUACUGAAAAUAAUGAAUUACCUGAUAGUUCACAAUUAUUAGAUUCUAAUUUAAUUAAUCCUAGUGAAUUAGUUAAAAAAUCAGAUCAAGGUAUUUAUGAAGAUAGAGAAAAAAAAAAACAAUUAUCGGAUAGCUUGGAAUUAAAUUUGACUACAGAUGACAAGGAUUCCAAAAAUAAAAAGUCUAAAUCACAGGUUCUAUACUCACUUGCACACUCAAUAUGGGAUCUAGUUAAGCCAGUAGAUUUUAAUAACCUUGAAGAAAAAUUUAGUACUAUAAAGCAAGAAACACAAACAAUAGAUAUACUUGGAAGUGAAAGUGAAAUUUCUGAUACAGAAUUCCUUGAUAAAACUUAUAAAAAAGAUAAUUGUAAUGCUUCUGAUAUUGGUUUAGAUAAUUAUAAAGUGUAUACAUUAGGAGAGAGUGUUACGUAUAGCGUACUUACAAAUGAAGAUAAUAAUCCAAAAAGUUUAGAAAAUAAUAGUAAGAAUAAUUGUGAUUAUACUAAAAACUGUAAUAUUAAUGUUGUAGAGGAUGAUAAAACAAAACUAUCUAAUGAAAAUUUAUCAAAUAGUAAUGAAGAAAGUUCUAUUAAAGAACUUGUAAUUGAAAAUUCCAAUACCUUUCAACUAAAUAAUAAUGAAGAAAAUACUGUAGAUUUGAAAAUACAAUCAGCACCUAGGAGGAAAUCAAAAAGACAAGUUUUAUAUUCACUUGCUAAUUCAGUAUGGGAUUAUGUCAGACCAAUUUCACUAGAUGAAUUGGAAGAAAGACAGCGUAAUGCAAAUAUGCAAAAAAAUAAAAUUGAUAUAAAUUUAGAUAAUAUAUCGAAGAAUCAAGGGGAUAAUACAGUGUCUAAAGUUGAAGAUCUACAGGAAGAUAUUAUACAAGAAAAAGAGGAUGACAAACUUAAAAAUAAAAUUUUAAGUAGUAAUAACAUUGAAAAUUUUGAAAGCUGUAUAUUAAAUAAAUUAGUAAAUAAGAUUGAAGAAUUUUGUUUAGAAAAAGAUCUUAGUAAAGAAAAGUAUAAAGAAUCUAUCACUUUAGAUAGAAAAAUGAUAGAAGUUCCAAUUAAUCCCUUUUUAAUUGGGGAAACAGAAUCAAAUCAAGAUAAUACUUCUAAUUCUUGUAUUAUGACAAGUUCUCUAAAUGAAGUUAAUGAAAGUAAUUUCCAGAAGGAGAAAGUGCAAAAUUUAAGACUAAAUGAUGAUAAAAUUAAUGACAAUAUAUAUGAAAAUCUAUUAAAUUUCCCAGACAAAAAACUUAAUAAAACCUAUGAUAGUUAUGAAGAUCUUCUUGUCAAACCAUCAAGUCUUGAUUUAAUUAGUACAAGUAAUUAUAUCCUUGAAGAUAUAUAUGAUGUAACUGAACAGACAUUUCAAAAAUCUAUAGAAGCACUGGUGAAAACUAGUCAAAAUGAUUAUAUGAAAUGUAAUAUAGAAUAUUUACCUGAUUCCUUGGAAGAUUCGCAAGAUAAAUCUUUAGUUAAUAUUGGAAAUGAAGCAUGGGAGGACAAUAAAUAUCAAUAUACUUCAUCAUAUUUAAAUAAAAAACAUACUGACCUUAUCCAAUACUGUGAUAUUAAUGAAACUUCUAAAUUAAGUGAAAUAAAUCAAGAUAUUUGUAGUAAAUCCAAAGAAUUCAAAAGAACUAAAAAAAAAGAUUAUCAUAUUCAAUUUUUAAAAUUAAAACAAAAAUAUGAAGUACUGAAAAAACAAUAUAGAAUUGAACUAGAAAAAAUAAACCAAAAAUCUAAUAUUGUUGAGUUUCAAAAUGCAAUUGUUUUAAAUACUAUUAUGUUACCUGCAAUAAAUAUAAAUGAAAAGCCACUCAUAACUGUUAGGUUAGUUGCAAUACAAAUCAGUCAUAAUAAAGAGAUCAGUAUUGGUUGUAAAAGAGAAGUAGAAUCACAUAUAUAUCAAACUAAAACGUAUGAAAAAAGUUGCAAUACUGACUUUAUAGUCGGGAAAACAACUUCAGAUAAAGGUACAAAUACAGAUCUUCAAGAUUGUUAUAAUUUUGGAAAUAUAACAAAAAAUCACAAUAAUAAUCAGAAAUGUCAAUCGUACAACUUAGAAAAGGGUAUUCAAUAUAAUCAGAAACACAUACCUCCUAUAAUUAUCAACUCUGAACAUAAAGAUAUGUUGGGAAUAGAGUCAAAUUCACAAAAAAAAUCUGAAGUUCAAGAUUUUAAUCAAAUAAAUACCGAAAGUAAAUAUUUAAGCAAAAAAUCAGAUAUAAUUAGAGAUCUUAAUAAUAGAUAUAAAUACUCUAAACCUAAUAAUGCCCAAUAUGAAGUUAUAAAAUAUAAUUCUAAUAUAAAUGACAAAAUUUCAAGUACUUAUUUUGAUCAUUACCAAAGACUAAUCAAACAUUAUUCAGAACCUUCUUUAGAAAGUAUUCCUGAUGAUUCUACAUUCUCUUCUAUAUAUUGUAAAGGAAACAACUAUCAAAAGAAUUAUUACAAUCAAACAAAUAAUAAACUCACAACUUCAAUAAAUAUAGAUAAUCCUACACUUCAUACAAAUGAACCAGAAAUUUAUAAUAAUAGUCAAUAUAACCAUAUCUAUUAUAAUAUACAAAGAUAUAAUGGAUAUGAGGCUUGUAACAAUGCCCACAAUAAUAAAUAUUACAAGAUAGUACACAAAUAA